AUGGCAUCUACAAUGGCACUCCGGAGAUUGGCUCUCAGUGGUUCUCGAUCCGCUAGGUCGUUCCAUAGCACUUCCCGUGCCUUCGUCAAAGUUGGCGACAAGAUUCCCAAUGUUGACGUCCUUGUUGAGAACUCCCCCGGCAACAAAGUCAAUUUGGCUGAGGAGAUCAAGACUGGCAAGUCUUUGAUCAUUGGAAUCCCUGCUGCAUUCAGCCCAUCAUGCUCAAACUCUCAUAUUCCAGGAUACAUUAAGCACAAAGACCUUAAAAAUGCAGGGAAAGUCUUCGUGGUUGCUGUGAACGACCCCUUUGUUACCAAAGCAUGGGCCGAAUCUCUUGAUCCUAGUGGUAGCUCAGGCAUUCGCUUCCUUGGAGACCCAACUGCCAAGUUCACCGAAGCACUUGACCUAGCCUUUGAUGGUACCGCUAUCUUUGGCGGCGCAAGAAGCAAGCGGUAUGCCCUUGAGGUUAAGGAUGGAAAGGUCACAGCCUUGCAUGUGGAGCCUGAUAAUACUGGUCUCGACGUCUCUGCUGCAGAGAAGCUCGCCCGCAGCCUUACUUCAUACGUGCCUGGAAUCUCGUCCCCCUCCGACGAGUUCAAGCACCUCCUUACAAUCGACAACAUUCCUUCCCAGACGAGGAAGAGAAAGGCGGCUGAGGCGACAGUAUCCUCUGAACAGCCCUCAAAAAGGUCAAGCAGACGGGUCGCCUCAGCGGCAGCAAAAGAGGGGCCCCCCACGCCACUCACCAACGGCACACCCAUGGAUUCAGAAGACGACUUCAUGUCUGGCAUGUCCAGCGACCAAGAUGAUAUGCUGCAGGAGAGCGAGAACGAGGAGGGAUCUGCAGAUGACUUUGGCUUCGAUGAGCCAGAACCCGAUCUAGGCUUCGAGCCGAAGGAUGAGGCACAAAGGAAGAAGAAAUCUUUCGAUAUAAACUUCACCGUCUAUCAUCCCGAAGACAUCCAAGCCCAGCAGGAUGAUCUCAUCGACGAAGUCAAUAUGAUCCUCGACAUACGGAAGGAGGACGCUGCUAUUUUGCUACGACAUUUUCGAUGGAAUAAGGAGCGCUUGAUUGAGGACUACAUGGACCAUCCGAAGCAAGUACUCGAGGCUGCCGGAUUGGGGCCAAGCAAAACUGGACCCCCUAAACUCGAAGUUAUUCCUGGUUUCGUGUGUGACAUCUGCUGCGAAGACGAGGAAGGUCUACAGUCAUUCGCGAUGAAGUGCGGGCAUCGAUUCUGCGUCGACUGCUACAGACACUACCUGACCCAGAAGAUCAAGGAAGAGGGUGAAGCUGCCCGGAUUCAGUGUCCUGCGGACGGUUGCAAACGGAUUAUGGACGCCAGAUCAUUAGAUCUACUAGUUACAGCUAAUCUCCAACAUCGAUACCACGAAUUGCUUACGAGAACUUACGUCGAGGAUAAAGAGUUGAUAAAAUGGUGCCCUGCGCCAGACUGCGAGAAUGCUAUCGAAUGCGGAAUUAAGAAGAAGGAUCUCGACAAAGUGGUGCCUACAGUUGCAUGUGAUUGCAAGCACCGGUUCUGCUUUGGCUGUGCCUUAGCAGACCACCAACCUGCUCCUUGUGAGCUAGUCAAGAGAUGGCUAAAGAAAUGUGCGGAUGACUCAGAAACUGCCAACUGGAUCUCUGCAAACACCAAGGAGUGUCCGAGGUGCAAUUCCACGAUCGAAAAGAAUGGAGGGUGCAAUCACAUGACCUGCAGAAAAUGCAAGCAUGAAUUCUGCUGGAUGUGCAUGGGGCUUUGGUCAGAGCAUGGCACUAGCUGGUACAAUUGCAAUCGAUUCGAGGAGAAGAGCGGUUCCGAGGCUCGCGAUGCACAAGCAAAGUCUCGUGUCUCCUUAGAAAGGUAUCUCCACUACUACAACCGUUAUGCGAACCAUGAACAAUCCGCAAAGCUUGAUAAGGACAUCUAUCACAAGACUGAAAAGAAGAUGAUUCAACUACAAUCCGCCUCGGGAAUGUCAUGGAUCGAAGUGCAGUAUCUCAACUCAGCCUCACAGGCUCUGCAGACCUGUCGCCAGACUCUGAAGUGGACCUAUGCGUUCGCCUUCUAUCUCGCCCGCAACAACCUCACAGAAAUGUUCGAAGACAAUCAAAAGGACCUCGAAAUGGCUGUCGAAGCGCUAUCGGAAAUGUUCGAGAAGCCCGUUACAGACCUCGCCAAUCCGGCCCUAAAAGUUGAAAUCAUGGACAAGACAUCAUACUGCAAUAAGCGUCGGGUGAUCUUACUCGCCGACACAGCAGAGAAUCUUGCGAACGGUGUGUGGUCGUGGUCUAUCAACUUUUGA